CCUCCUUCCUCUCCUCUCAACAUCUGCACUCUGCAUCUCCAACAGCAGCAUUAGACCACAGCUCAGACCAACGGGAAAAGAAGAAGAGAGUGGAUUCAAAGGAUAGACAAGAAGAAAAGAUAGAUGAGAAAGAGCACCUGAGGAAAAAGUACUGUGUGGAGAUAGGACAGACAGAGUGCUGGGAAAGAGUAGAAAAAGUGUGUAAAGAAAUAGUAUUAAAAGAAUGAAAUAGAAAUGAGAUGAGGAAACUGAUACCAGUUGAAACUGAUAAAAGCAAAAUUUCUUAUAAAUAGGACAGUACACAGCUUGGUCUGAGAGAGAAAAUCAAAGAGAAGAACAGGUUUAAGAAGUGCUCUAUCAAAAUGUUUUAACAGCUCCAGUGUGAUAUAACAGCUGGUGGAAAGGAAAAGAGCGAAGCCUCAGAAAGAGAUCAGCAAGAGAGACCAGAGCAGUCUGUAAAGGGCUCUACACACACACAGCCCUGGCCACCCACAUGCCCAUCGAAUUUGUCUGCAAAAUCAAGUUUGCUGAGGGUGACGAAGACAACGUGGCCCCAACGGAAGCAGACCGGACAGGCGUGCUAGAUGACAGCCUUCAGCGGCAAAGAGGGGGCAUGGCUGAUCUGGCAUCCUUCGCAAGCUCCUCCUCAUUACAUGGUCUGGCUCGGGUGUUGGGGACCUCGGGUUCAGGGCGCAUGGGUUUGAGACAGACCCUCUGGGCACUGGCCCUGUUGGCAUCUCUCAGUCUCUUCCUGUACCAAGCAACAUGGAGCACGGCAACCUAUCUAGAGCACCACCAUCUGACGACAGUGAGGGAAGAGACCCGCCGUGAGCUCACCUUCCCAGCCGUCACGCUCUGUAAUGUCAACCGAUUCCGCUUCUCUGCCCUCACUGAUGCGGACAUCUACCACUUGGCUAACCUCACCGGCCUGCCACCCAAGAGCCGUAAAGGACACCGGCCAAGUGAGCUCCAGUACCCACCCCCUGACAUGCUAGACAUUUUCCAGCGGACUGGCCACCAGCUGGAGGAUAUGCUGAAAAGCUGCAACUUCAGCGGGCAGAACUGCUCAACCGAAGACUUCAGCGUGGUUUAUACGCGGUAUGGAAAAUGUUACACAUUUAAUGGCAAUAAGACUUCACCCAAGCGAGUAAGGCAGGGCGGCACAGGAAACGGUCUGGAAUUGAUGCUGGAUAUUGAACAAGAUGAAUAUCUGCCAAUUUGGAGAGAAACCAAUGAGACGACUCUGGAGGCAGGUAUUCGUGUUCAGAUCCAUAGUCAGGAUGAACCUCCGUACAUCCACCAGCUGGGCUUUGGGGUCUCUCCGGGAUUCCAGACAUUUGUUUCCUGUCAGGAACAGAGGCUAACGUACCUGCCACAGCCGUGGGGAAACUGUCGGACUUCGUCUGAGCCUGUGAUCCCAGGAUAUGACACCUACAGCAUCAGCGCUUGCAGACUGCACUGUGAGAGCACACAGGUGCAGAGAGAGUGUAACUGCAGGAUGGUGCACAUGCCAGGUGAUGCUGAUUUCUGCACACCCAGUAAAAUCAAGUGUGUUGACAAAGCAUUAGCUUUACUACAGAAGAGCACAGGUGACUUAUGUCCCUGUGAGACACCAUGUAAUAUGACUCGGUAUGGAAAAGAGCUCUCUAUGGUCAAAAUCCCCAGCAGGGGCUCUGCUCGAUACCUUUCUCGCAAAUACCAGAAAUCUGAGGAAUACAUCAGAGACAACUUUCUCAUAUUGGAUAUUUUCUUUGAGGCCCUUAACUAUGAGACAAUAGAACAGAAGAAAGCGUACGACAUUGCUGGACUGUUAGGAGACAUCGGUGGACAAAUGGGGCUCUUCAUUGGAGCCAGUAUCCUUACUAUACUGGAAAUAUUUGACUAUAUCUAUGAGGUGGUUAAAUACAAAAUCAAGCGACUACUGAAACCAAAUAAAAGCCAGAAACAUCAGAACCAACGGAACUUGAUCCAAGAGCAGAUCCAGAGAACAAAGAACCUUCGAGAACAGAACCUGAGAGCUCAGCUGGCUGCUGGAACUAUAGCUACAGUCAGAUUUGAAGAUGUCAAAGUUAAGGCAGCUAAUGAUAUAAAAAUGGCUCAACCACACAGUGCACAUCCAACUUCAAUACUACCAAACCAUCAUAACGCACAACCAGUCGUACAGCAGGACUUUGCUUGCUAAGGGAUUCAUCUUCCUCUAUGCAUCUAUUUUUAUUGUAUUUUUUUCAAAUCACUGAACUUGAAAUUGGGAUCCUAAAUUGGACCUCAUACACCUAAAAUAUACAUCAUUUUAUUUACUUUGUUCACUAAUAAAAGCUACAGCCAAAGUCUAAUCCAGGACCUCAUGUGAAACCAGUUCAAACCAGUCACACCAUAUCAGUGGAAACUGUUUUCAUUGUUUCAUGUCUGUACCAGAGGAAAAAAACACACAAUGUGUUUUUCAUAUGCACAUUUGUUGUUUUUUAUGAUGACAUUGUUUUUUGUUUUUUUGUUUUUGUCUGGAUGGACCUACUAUGGACUUUGAGAGAUCAAGAAGAAAACACUUCACCGCACAAAUCUAAUUAAAACUUUCCCUUUUCAAUGACGUUCAAAUAGCAACUGAAUGAAAGUUGUUAGGAUCAACAGAGAGUUGAAGCAAAUGCUCUCCAGUGCAGUAAAAGUUGGUUUCUCCCUGUGGUAAUGUGCAGUGCUUUCACCAUUUCACCUUUUUACAUUUCUUAAGAACGUAAUGAGACUUCUCUGUAGGAGAACAGCUAAAAUAUGCCACUCGUCUCUCUGUGAGUAGGUGUUAUGUUCUGUUCAGUCUUAUGUAACUUUUCAGUUGUGCUGUAGUCCUUAAAACAGAGCAGUCUGUCUUAAGGUUUGAAAUGUGAAAAAAAAAAAACACACUAGAGCUGUUCACUGAAAAACAGCUCUAGUAAAAAUUACAAAGGAAAUA